UUAUCUAUAGCUUCAUAGCACUAGGAUUCUUCACUCAGUUGGCGCUUGCAGCUCAUACCGCUCGUACCAGGUUUAGCCGUAAAGAUGAAGUUACUAACCGGAACCCUUGUAACUUUGCUUAUCUGCUUCCAGUUUUUUGACACAUCGCAGGCAUUCGUAUCUCAAUGUUUGGUCUGUGAUUCUAACCAGACGGAAUGUGCCGAAGGUUCCUUAAAGUACAUACAAUCCUGCCCGACUGGAAGUGAGGCCUGUUUUACAAGUGUGACCAAUGGAGUGUUAUUACGAGGUUGCUUAUCACAUUUGGCGACGACAGGAGUGGCUCAGAACUGUACCGAGGAGGAAGGUCAUGGAUGUAUUAGCUGUACCGAAAAUGGAUGUAACACUGCGCCAUGGCUCCGGUGUGCGCACUGUGACAACGAUGUUGGUCCAGAUAAAUGUAUCGAUAGACAGUUCGUUGUCUUUUGUCCUCAGUAUCGAUCCUCGGAUCGCUGCUUUGAGAUAGUUGAAGGUGUUGAAUUUAAAUCAAUCUCAAAGGGAUGUGAAUCUACGUUAGAGCUUGCUGGCAAUACCUGUGACCCGAUAGAAAGAUGUAGAGUUGUAGAAAAAAAUAGUAGCAACUGUACUGUUGAAACAUCUCUCAAGACACCAGUGCAGUGCUUAGUGUGUUCGUCGGAAAACGAUUCGAACGAAGAAUGCGUUAAUGGCACACUACCAGGCCAGAAUUGUCCUCAGGAAGAAGAUGUUUGUUUUUCACGAGUAAAAGGAAACACAUUGGAGCGGAAUUGUCUCUCAACACUUCCUCCUGCAGAACGGGAUGUUUGUACCGGUGAAGAUAGUUCUUGUGUUACUUGCAGUGAUUCUGGAUGUAAUACGGAUCGUUUGCUCCAGUGUGUUCAGUGCAAAAAGUCUGACAAUAUAGAGUGUAUUGAUUUGAUCAUCAGUAGCACUUUGAAGCCGUCCUUUUGUCCAAGCUUUCUGCCCGAAGCACGAUGCUUCUCGAGGAUUGUUGAAGAUGAUCUUGAGCGCGGUUGCAGCUCAGAGUCGGCAGGGAUAUGUGUGGGAAACAAUCGUUGUCUGUCGUGUGCCGCGGACGGAUGUAAUGUGGAAUCGGAAACCUAUCUAAACAAUGUUGCCAAAUGCUUUCGAUGCACUUCAAACAAUGGUGAUAAUGAGGCUUGCGACGAAGUUUACCUAGGGUCUGAGGAAUGUGAUCAACUGGAGGAUACCUGUUUUAUGCGUGUACAAGGUGACAUAUUGGAGCGGAAUUGUUUGUCGACUCUUGUAGAGGAGGAUCAGCAAAAGUGUCGUGACGGAGAAUACAAUUCUUGUUACAGCUGUAGUGGUUUCGGAUGUAAUCAGCAUCCAAGGCUUAAAUGUUAUCGUUGCUCUAGUUUGUUGGAUCCUCGUUGUGCUAAUCCAGAGGAAAAUGAUCUUGGCUAUAUAUUUUGCGACAGUUUCUUACCAGACGAUCGAUGUUACACUAGAAUAGUUGAUCAACACGUCGAGCGGGGUUGUGAAGUUGAUUUGAACAAUCACGAUGAAGACGUAUGUGCAGGCGACCCGAUAUGUUUCGCUUGUCACAGUAGUGGUUGUAACGAUGUCGAUGAGAAUACGCUAAAAAAUAUGGCCAAAUGUAUCAGCUGCAGUACGGAGAGAGACGGAGAAGAGUGCGAUAAAGCGGCAAUGGAAGCGGAACAAUGUGAUCACUUUGAGGAUGUUUGUUUCACGAGAGUUCUAGGGAACAAUCUUCAGAGGGGAUGUCUUUUGACGCUUGAAGAAAACGAGCAAACUAAAUGUCGUGACGAGUCCAAUAAAGAAUGUAUUACGUGCCAGUCGCCUUCUUGUAAUAAUCAGCCAUGGUUGAAGUGCUUAAGCUGUAAAAAAUCCAACAAUCCUGUCUGUAGCGACCCUGCUUCUGUAUCUCAGGAGCAUGAGUUAGCUUCAUUCUGUACUAAAUACGAUGAAAAGGCGGCCUGUUAUGCUAGAAUUACUGAGGAAGAUCUCGUAAGGGGUUGUUCUAUGGAGCUAUCGAAUCCCAACGAGGUUUGUGCGGAUACUGUAGCUUGCGAGAUUUGUACAACGGAUAAGUGCAAUGUACAGACGGAAGAUUCACUUUUGAGUUUCAGCAAAUGUGUUCAAUGUACAUCGGGUGAUGUGAACAGUGAUUGUAAUAAGCAACUCCCAGGAGCUACCAAAUGUCCAGAAAAGAAUGAUAAAUGUAUCACCCGAGUAUUUGAUGGAGUCUUAACAAGAGACUGUCUUUCGCUGCUGGAGGAUGCGGAAAAACUCAAGUGCAACGAUCCCAAAGAUCUUUCUUGCAUCGUAUGCGAAGAGCCUGGAUGUAAUCAAAAUCAAUGGACAAAGUGUCAUCAGUGUGUUCAAUCUAACUCGGCAGGGUGUGAAGAUGAACAGAGUGAGAGUGACGCAGAACUAUGCAAGCUUUACAACGCGAACGAGGAAUGCUACAUAAAGCUUGAUCAAAACCAUCAGCUUACUCGUGGAUGUGUUUCGGAUGUAGGCACAAAAGAUGAACUUUGUGUUGAUGCGGAAUUUUGCAUCACCUGCCAGGGAGACUCCUGUAAUAAGGCACCAGAAUCUUCGUUAGUGCCACUGGCAUGUCAACAAUGUACGUCAGCCGAUGACGAGUGUUUGGCAGGAACGAUCGAGAGUAGACCGUGCCCAUUACUAGAUGAUCGUUGCUAUACUACAGUAAACAGUGAAAAACUACUCGAACGAGGAUGUUUAUCCACGUUGAGUGAAGACAUGCAGGAAAUCUGCAAGAAUGAAUCGGAUCCAUCGUGUACCGUCUGUGCGGAGAAUGGAUGUAACGAGGAUCGCUGGCCGAGGUGUUACCGUUGCAAUAGCUCGGCGUUUGAUGACAGCUGUGAUCAUAAGCUUAGACCAGAUUUGUUGGAGUUUUGCCCAUCCUACCAUGAAAAUACAUUGUGUUAUGCAGCAAUCGAACAAGGAUCUGUUACAAGAGACUGUACGCACGAACAGGUAAACAUCUGUGAAGGAAAUAACCGUUGUGUGGCAUGCAAAGAUGAAGGAUGUAACGAUGUUCCCAAACAGCAGUUGAACACUAUACACACUUGCUAUCAGUGUCGCUCAGACGUUGAAGAUUGUGAUCAUCUGAAGGAUCACGUCCGAGAAUGCGGUGAACGUAACGAUCGUUGCUACACAAGGGUCGAUGAGGAUCUUAUCCUUCAUCGUGGAUGCCUAUCAGACAUUGAUGCGGUUGAAUGCGAAAACAGUGAGCAUUGUUUGACUUGUACUGAUAAAAACUGCAAUAAUGCCCCGUGGGCAAAGUGUUUUCAGUGUAACAAUAGCACCAACGAAAGGUGUUCCAGCAAGCAAACUUUCGACGACAAUUUAAAGUACUGUCAGCAGUAUGCAAGGCAUGGAGAAUGCUAUACAAUGCUCGAUCCAAUCGAUUUUAGACGUGGUUGUACGUCCGACCUGGACGAUGUACCGUGCAAUAUUCCAGAGGAUUGUGUUCAGUGUAAAGGCGAUGGAUGCAAUCGCGAAUCGCUGAAGAGUUACUUCAAUCCAGCGCACUGUUUACGAUGCCACUCGGACAUGCAUAUCGGAUGCAUUAAUGGGACUGCACCAGCGCUGGCUUGCGCUAAUCCGGACGAUGUUUGCUUCUACCGUAGAGCGUCUACCAAAGCCAUACAUCGUGGAUGUCUGUCAGAGCUUACAGCUACCGACCAAAGGAUGUGUCAGAGUACGACCAGUUCGGCCUGCCAUACGUGCGAUGAGAAUGGUUGCAACACGCCCAAAUGGCGUAGCUGUUAUAAGUGCAGCAGUCACGUGGAUGAAUCGUGCGCCGAAAAGCAAACGAAAGGUACAUUUUUGGAGUUUUGUCUAAAAAUCGACGAUGAUUGUUUCGAGAAUAAUAACCACGGCGAAAUUUACAGAGGAUGUGGUAGACACUACUGUGGAGAAAAGAAAACUUGUGUCGAGUGUGGAUCCGAUGCAUGCAACGAGCGGGCAGAAAGUGCUUUGCGACCGUCUCAUUGUUUAGUUUGCGAAUCCACAGAUCCAUUCUGUGCGAAUGGUACAAGCAUGAAUCAGUACUGUGAUUACCUAAAUGAACCUUGUUUUACCUUAGUUCGCGAUGAUGGCAUCCUGGAGCGGGGCUGCUUUUCAAAGCUCCAUGAAAGCUACAAAAACAAAUGCUUGGACGAAACGGACCGUUCCUGUGUAGCAUGCAACAGCAAUUCAUGUAAUCGGGAUCCCUGGCGGCAGUGUGUACAGUGUCGAUCAUUGGAGCUUGAUCAGUACUGUUCCAGAGAGACAAGCCUUUUGAAAUCGCACUUUUGCUCACGUUUCCAGCGUAAUGAUCUGUGCUACGCGAAGGAUGUACAAGGAAUAGUCAUUCGAGGAUGUCAAUCAGACUACAGCACCCAAGAAGAUCCGUGUGAGGGAUUAGAGAAAAGGAACUGUUAUACAUGCGACUCUGAUCAUUGCAAUGUUAAAACACUAAACGGUGUUGAUUACUUGAAUUCCAUGGAAAAGUGGACAUUCGUUGUUCUAGCAUUGCUCCAAGGAUUUCUCAGCUGGUACUAAACUGAGUUGAAGUGGAUCGUUCAUAUGUUCCAACAGGUCCGACAUUAAUCGAAACUAGUCAAUACUGUGCUACUAUGUGUAUAAUGUGCUCAUAUAAUGUUUAUUCCAAUUUAUAAUGAACAAAGUAUAAAUAAAUA